AUGAGCCUAUUCAGUAGGUUUUACCAAAUGUGCUGCACAAAGCUCCCAUCAGUACAGAACAGGUUGAUUAUUCACAAAGGAGCAAUGAGCAGAUUGGAAAAGGAGGGUCCCAAUGCUAGAAGACAAGGGAGUCAUACAGGAAGUGAUCACAUGCAAGGAAGGGGACCAAGCUCAGUGUCAUGUGGUUGGUUAUCACACAGGGGGGCAUGCUCACAACCACAUGGAGCCUGCCACAGGGGCAACCACAUGGUCAGGGAGCAUGACAAUAAGGUCUAUCACAUGAUCAGGGGAUUCACAAGAUAA